GCCGGGCCGGGCCAGAGGGCGAGCCAUGGCGGAUGGGCGAAGGGAGCGCACGGCCCUCCUGCUGACCGACUACCUGGAGUACUGCGCCCGGGAGCCCCGCACGCCCGCGCGGGCGCCGUCCACGCCCGAGGCCGCCGUGCUGCGCUGCGUGGCCGCCCAGAUACAGGAGGACAACUCGCACUUCUCCUAGUACCGCGGCUUCCGCGGGGACCGCGUCGAACUGGUGGCCAGGAUGGCGCAGGAGCUACUCGCUGACGACCAGGGGCCCAGCUGGGGCCGCGUGGCAUCGCUGCUGACCUUCGCGGGGACGCUGCUGGAGGGGCCGCCGCCGGGCACCUGGGGUCCGAGGGAGAAGGAAGGCAUUAGCCGUAACUGCCGACUUCUGGUGGCUUCGCUGUGUGUCCAGUUCUCGAGAUUGCACCGCACCUGGCUGGUGGCGCACGGCGGCUGGGAUGGAUUUUGUCUCUUCUUCCAGCCUGCACUGCAGCCAUCUUGGGAAAGACAGCUGGUCUGGGUUUUUCUGUCAUGCUGUACAGCAAUAGUCUUAAUCUACUUCUGGAAAAAAUUUAUCAUGAAUUCUAAAAUUUCUUAACUCAUUUCUACCUGCCUAACUGUGACCAGCCAAGCAAAUCUGAGAUGUGAAAGAACAGAACCAGAGUAAAUCAGCUUCAGAGACGUUUUUACCUACGUUCAUAUAAGGAGUCCUACCGUGAUUCAGCCGGCAUUUUAACUCCUUACAAGUACUCAGAGGUAUUAGGACAAAGGCGCAAAUGGCUAUUCUUUAAAGGGGGGACGCAGGGAUCUAAAGGCUUAUUUCUCCAAAGAAAAACAGAAGAAACUGCUUUCCAUUAAAUAGGAAAUAAGGUGCUAUUUGCUACAUUUGGAUAAGAGUGGCUAUGAGUCUCUCUCAUCUAUCCAUGAUUUCACAUGCUGCUCCUGACUAAUUGAUCAAGGUGGUGGGUCAGGGGUGUAAAAUGAUACCAAAAGUCCUCCAAGUCACAGUUUAACAAAGAAUGUAAUAUUAAAUCUUUUUAUGAGGAAUUCUUUCUUAGUCCUUUGAAAUCUAAUUUCUGGGACUUGUAUGUUUCUAGAGUUAAUAUAUUAAAAUUCUAUUUUUCUGACUUUAAUAAAUUAUUAAGUAUCUUAA